UCGUUGAGGUGUCGAAGUUGUGAAAUGGAGGCGCGGGCACAGAGUUACGCACGGGGAAGCCUCUGCGCAUUUUUACGCGUGGAGUGUGUUGUGUGUUUUACGCAAGCGAGCGUGUGUUUGGGAACACCGCCUGGGUGUUGCUGUGUGACGUCACGGCCCGCCUCGUAUCUUAAGCCGCAGCUGCAGAUGUUUCUGGGCACAGCGGCUCACACGCAACAGCUGGAACACUCCCUGUUUCCCCCGCUCGGUUCUGACGCGAUCGUUCUUCUGAUCGCUCGAGCUGCUGCCGUCCGGACACCGGAGCCAUGAAGCGGUGACACUGGAGGAGGAAGCACAGUCUGAUUGACGGAGGAAGAGGAGGAACAGGAAGGACCAUGGUUCUUUCAGGUGUCUGCAGAUCUUCAACCUGGCCAAUGGAAAACAUGCUGUACGUUUAGAGACAGACAGAGAACAUCAAGGUGAGGAUUUUUGACCUCCAGCGCCCCCCUGUGUCUAAAAGGAGAGAACACCGAUGCCAAUCUGUCCUGUGAUUGGCUGGAGCGAUGGCAGUCAACAAGGAGAAGAAGCCCAAAGAAGGCAGGAGCGUGUCUGGGGUCACAACAGCACCGGAAGGCGGCUGGGGUUGGAUGAUCGUUGCUGGUUGUUUCCUCGCCACCAUCUGCAUUCGGGCAGUGACCAGAUGUGUCUCCAUCUUCUUCGUGGAGUUCCAGCUGCACUUUGAGCAGGAUUAUUCCACCACCGCCUGGAUCCACAGUCUGAUUGACUGUACCACCAUGCUUUGUGCUCCUCUGGGUGGUUUCCUUGGGAGCCGUCUGUCCUGCAGAGCCACAAUGAUCCUGGGGGGUUUGCUCUCUGCUGCCGGGUUCGUCCUCAGCUCCUUCGCUUCCAGUGUGGAAUAUCUCUACACUUCCCUGGGGAUCCUCACAGGUCUUGGCUUUGCUCUCAGCUACACACCAGCCAUAGCGAUGGUUGGGAGUUACUUCAGUGAGAGGAAAGCUCUGGCCUAUGGCAUCGCCCAGUCUGGUAGUGGCAUCGGGACCUUCAUCCUGGCUCCUGUCGUCCAACUGCUCAUAGAGCAUUACUCCUGGAGAGGAGCUCUGCUCAUCCUGGGAGGAUUUGUUUCCAACCUGUGUGUUUGUGGAGCUCUGAUGAGGCCGCUGGAGCCAAGAGGUGAAAGGAAACCAAAGAAGGUGACUAACUCAGAGCAAGCCUGCCUGACAACAGUGCUGGACACGAAAGACACUGAACAAGUACCAGCUGACUGCAGCCAGGUGGAGCCAAAGCAGCUGGAAAUAAGCAACUUAAAGGAAACUCGAGGGCUGCUCAUAGCCAACGGAGCGCUCAAAAACACGAGACUGGACAACGACAAACUAGCUGAGAGGAACAUAUCGUUGCUCUCCGGCCCGACAGAUAUGAAGGUGUCUGAAUGCAUUUUAUUCAGCAACAAGCUAACGGAGACAGUGCUCGGGGAGAUCAAACGCUCGGAUUCCAAGUUAGCAAAUGGAAGCACGAUCGGGGACAUGAAGUUAGUGGAAUCUUUGAUCCUGAGCAGUAAAGCUGACACGACAGAUGUCAGGACCUCAUCCAGAGGUCGGUGUUUUUGCUCCGAGUUCACAGAGGAGUUUGGUUUCCUUGUGAGGCCCGACUUCCUGAUUCUGUCGGUGUCCUUCCUGUUUUUGGCGUACGGCUGCAGCGCUCCAGUUGUUUACCUGGUCCCAUACGCCCUCAGUGUGGGGGUGGACUACAAGCACGCCGCCUUCCUCAUGUCCAUAUUUGGAGUCAGCGGAAUUGUGGGGAACAUCACCUUCGGAUGGAUCACGGACAGGAAGUGUCUGAAGAAGUAUCGCAUGCUGAGCUACAUGGUGGCGAUCGGCCUGGAGGGCCUCUGCUGCAUGUUCGUCCCCCUCCUUCACUCCUUCUCGCUCCUUGUCCCGUUUUCCGUGCUCUACGGAUACUUCGACGGAGCAUAUGUGGCGCUCAUCCCAGUGGUGACCUCUGACAUUGUGGGCUCCACCUAUCUCACCUCCGGCCUGGGUGUGGUCUACUUCCUGCACGCUAUCCCUUACCUGAUCAGUCCGCCGAUAGGAGGUUGGUUGGUCGACAGGACGGGCGACUAUGCAGCAACCUUCCUCCUCAGCGGCGCCUGCUUCAUGUUCAGCUCCGUGGUCCUAAUAUCCACCAUGUUAGUCAGACGCUGCCGGAGGUCCAAGUCUAACUCAGUUGCUCAUUUAGAUCUGAAUCAGGGUGCUUCUGUCGCGGCUCAGCAGGGAAUCAUAUGAUGCACCUCACCUCUGCUGGACCGUAGGUUUACAAAGAAAACAGUCAUGGUGCUAUCGUCGGUCGCUGAUGCGUUUGGGGCAUUGGAACCGAGAUCUCAGGUUCAGUAAGAACAGUUCCCAGAAGAACCACAGUGGAACAACCUCAGCCCUUUGUUUUGAAAUUGCUGUUUGUUCUGACUUUUGAAAGCGUAAUUUUUUGAAAUCUUUGUGGAUUUUUUCUGUCCUGUGGAAAAAAAAGGGUUUUCUUAUGACACACGAGCCAAAGUUUGAAAACAUGUCGCCAUUAAAACUCACAGGCUCUAGUGAGAGAUUCAAUAAUGUGGAGACGAACGAACUCAUCAAUUUUAUUGAAACUUUUGAUUGAAAAGAGUUUUUUUAUGAACUCAAAAGAUUAUGUGGAUCAAUUCAUCAUGAUAAUUGUUUUUAAUUUCAGAAGAAUGUGAUUCAUUUGCAUGUAUCAUGAACAAGUAUAAGCAUGAGCACGUCAUUGUUAGCAACGUGUGCACAGGAACCUUUCACAAGGCUGCAGAGUUGAACCAUGAACUUAUCUCUCAUCAAAUAACUUUCAGUGAAUCAAUUUGAAAACAAAAUAUGAUUUCCAUACCUGAAAUUGCACUACCUAUUGUAAUUAAUUGAAUUUUCCUUUAGGAUAUGAAAAAAUUAAUUUAAUUUGAACUUGAAUUUUAAAUUUUACUUUGAUUUGAGGUGAAUUUUACGUUUACCAAGCUGUGAUGUGCCUUACAUCUCCAUACAGAGUAACACAUAUCAAAAAACAUAUCAGACGAAGCAAACAUGCUGAUGUUUGUGGAUCAGGACGGAGCGAGGAACUGUCGUCACCCUCAGACCGACACGUCAUCAUGUAAACUUGUGUUUUAAAGCUUGACAACACUUGACAACUUGCGACUGUAACGCACAACAAUAUAUAUUCCUGACAGUAUUGCUUACAAACCUUUUGGGGAAAAAAACUGUUGGAAUAUAACCAGUAAAACUACGGGAGCUUUCAGGGAGCAGAAGGGAGUUGGACUUCCCUUACACCUGGAGAGGUGACAUAAAGUCUGCACUGCUGCAGGUAUUCAGCCCUUUGUGCUGAUGAGAUGAAUGCUGAAGAGAGUUGUUUUAUGUACUGUAUUGGAAAUGUGUCUUUUGUGUAUGUAUACUUGCAUGAGCAGACGUGUGUGUGGAGGACUGACCAAAUUGUUUGUGUUAAACAGAAACUUCAGGGUUCACGAUGGAUUAAGAGACUUUGGAUUAUGGCCUUGAGAAACCACAACUUUACGGUUUCUCAUGUUAUCUCUGGUUGGGUUACGUGUUUGACUCUGUGCGUGUGUCACAGAAAUUGCCACCGCAGUACUUUGAAUCAGACGAAAGAUUCCUGGGAAAUAAUAGCACCUGUGAAAAAAGACAUGUCAAAGAAAUAUAUACGUUAACCUCAGUUUUACUCCGUUUGGUUGGAGGAGCUUUGUGUUCGCUGAUCAAAUCACAACACUUGACUCACUGAAUGUAAAUAAAACAUGU